GCUCCGGCUAGCCGUCCGGCCAGCGUCGAUCGCAUGUUUGUUGAUUAAUGAUUAUGAUCUCUCCGGCGCCGGCCGAUUACUAUAAUGAUGUGAUUUAGCGCGUACGUACGCUCGCUAGCUGAGCGGAAACCGUGUCCGUUGGUGAUGGCGACGGUCGCCGUCGGUGCGAAAAGCUGAUGGAAUCAACAAGGCUGGCCGUGGCCGGGUGUGUCCGUGUGUGUGUGUGUGUACAUGAGCUGUUGUGCACGCACGUUGGGGUUGGGGUUGGGUGUGGGAGAUGGAUGGAUUCUCUUCUUCGUCGGGACUGCCGGUGAGCUAGCGCUGUCUCCGAUCGCAACGGCGCCCAACUCCCGGGAAAAAGUCGUUAACGUUUGGUAGCCCAGUGUUUUCUUUGUGUUCUUUGGCAGGUCAGAGUCAUAAUUUCCAUCUGAUUUUAAUUUCGAAAGCGAGGCCAAAAGAAAGAAAGAAAGAAAGGGUAUCGCUCGCCACCUUAAUCGUAUCGUCAUCUACAGCACGGUGAUGAUAGAUUAAUAAUUAGAUUAGUUGGCUCAACAGCACAGUUGAUUAGGUUAGUGUGUAAGCAACGGUACAUACAUACAUACACACAGUACAUGCACGUCGACGUCUGCAUAAACGGUCAGGCCAGCAAGCAAGCAAGCAAGCUGUUGAGCCCAAGCUUUCCAAGUAACCUUCUCCGGUGUCUUUCUUGGCCGGACUGUUCAAAGAUGGACAAGUAUCAAGUUCCAUUUUUUGACGGAAUCUCAUGGAUUCCAACCGGCCGGGCUGGCGAGCACAAAUUUGUCGGCGUGUGGUUGGCCCAGGAGCAACCGGAGAAGAAUAAAGAUGCCAGUUUUGCUUUGCUCCCCACCGCACCUCGACGAGAUGCCAGCCUCAGCUUGAUCUUCUAGACGACGAUGACCUGUGGAAAUGGAAUGGAACCCCGUGGAACGCGUGGAGGUGCAAGAAUUAAUGGCGGCAGCUUCACUUCACCGCGACCGAGGGUGGAUCUCAUCUCGUCUCGUCUCGUCUCACACGUGACCAUUUUAAGGCCAGCGGAUCCCUCCUCCUGCUCCUCCUCCUACUAGCGCCCGGUUAGGAGAGGGGAGACGGCCGGCCGCUCCAGCACAUCCAUCGCGCCACGCCCGGCAAUGGAGCUGCUCUGCAAAGCGCCGGUGCUGAGCUGCGGCGCCAGGAGGGUCCGGGGCGGUGGAUCUACGGGCCCGCUGGGGCGGUGGAUCUACGGGGCCGUCAAGCCGCCGCCGCCGCCGCGGAUCUGCGGGACGCCCGGCGGGCCGCCGGUGACGGCGCCCAGGGUGAGGCUCAGCGACGGCCGCCACCUCGCCUACGCCGAGUCCGGGGCGCGCAAGGAGGACGCGCGCUACAUGGUCGUCUUCUCCCACGGCUUCACCGGCUCCCGCCACGACACCAUCCGCCCCUCGCCGGAAGUGGCUGAAGAGCUAGGUGUGUACAUGGUGGGUUUCGACCGUGCUGGUUACGGCGAGAGCGACCCGAACCCUAACCGGUCCGUGAAAAGCGCUGCGCUCGACGUCGAGGAGCUCGCUGACGCGCUAGGAUUGGGCCCUAAAUUCUACUUGAUCGGCAUAUCCCUCGGCUGCCAUGCUGUCUGGGGCGCCCUCAAAUACAUCCCUGAAAGGAUUGCUGGAGCUGCAAUGAUGGCGCCGGUGGUGAACCAUUGGUGGCCGGGCUUCCCUGCCGAUCUCGCCGCGGAAGUUUACAACAAGCAGGAGGUGGGCGACCAGUGGGCGCUGCGUGUGUCGCACUAUGCCCCUGGCAUCCUCCAUUGGUGGAUGGACCAGAGCUGGCUGCCCACCUCCACCGUUGUGGCCGGCACCACCCCGCUCCCAAACAAGCGCGACGCCGAGAUCCGCGCCAAGCUCAAGGCCGACGGCACGUUCCAGCAGAAGAUGGAACUGGCGACACAGCAGGGCAUCCAUGAGUCGUACUACCGCGACAUGAUGGUGAUGUUCGGCAAGUGGGAGUUCGACCCGAUGAGCCUGCCGAAGCCGCCAUGCCCUGUCCACAUCUGGCAGGGCGACGAGGACGGCCUGGUGCCGGUGGUGCUGCAGAGGCACAUCGCCAGCCGGCUCAGCUGGGUGAACUACCACGAGCUCCCCGAGACCGGGCACUUCCUGUCGCCGGUCCCCGGGCUAGGAGACACCGUUCUUCGGACCCUCUUCGGCAACGCCAAGCAGUGAUCAGGAGCAGCAGCAGCGACGACACUGAACAUAGUGCGGUGCUGAAAGUAUAGCGUUCUUCCGGUGCAGAUUGUUUCAUUCUAAGGAGGUGGUCAGGUCAGGUGAUCGCCGCUAAUUAGCGAUGAUGUUACUAUAGGUGAAAUGGUGGUGUAACAUCAAAGUGUUUUUUGUGGUGCAAAAUGUGUUACUGUUGAUCCUUGGAAGCAAGAAAGUAGUGCAACUAUUAUACCA